GACGCCUGGAAGCUGAGCGGAUGCGAGCGCGGUGUGGGUGAGACUGAGUUUAGCUCUGCGAUCUCGGACCGGAGCCGCCGGGCCCGUGAGUGUGCAGCGUACGAACGAAGAAGGAUCCACCACGGGUGGGGAGCGCGGCGAAGCAGCCGGCGCCACGGCUCGCCCCGCCCCCUCCAUACCCACCGUGGGUAGCUGUCUGCUCCGGUUUCCACCGAGUCCCAAUCGCGCGACAAAGAGGACGCCCAGUGUGCCCCGCGUCCGGCCCAUGUCGAACAUGCGCAGUCAGCGGGCAGGGGAACGAACGCCUUUCGGAUAGAGCGAUUUCAAAGGCGCGGAGCAUGGUGGGAACAAUGGAACCCCUGCUGUUGCCUCACCCCCACCUUCCAGGCGGGUGUUAGAAGAAGAGGACAUUUAGGCAGAAACCUCAAGGCCUUGCUGACACAUCACACUGUUGAUCAGGACUUGAACAUCUUCAGCAUUCAAUCAUGGAAGCAAAAAGCACCAGUCGUAAUGGGGAGAAACCAUACAUGUGUUCUAUAUGUGGUCGAUGCUUCUGCCGAUCAUCUGGCCUAUCAAGACACAAGCACAGCCACACCAGUGAGAAACCCUGUAAGUGUGGGGACUGUGGAAAGGGAUUCAGCUACCCAUUUGAGCUGGAAAUUCAUCAGCGCAUGCAUACUGGGGAGAAACUGUUCACCUGUACCAUGUGUGGUAAGGGGUGUACUCACUUCUCUGCCCUCCGGAAGCACUGGCGAGUUCACACUGACCAAAGACCUUUUAAAUGUCCAGACUGUGGAAAGUGCUAUAAAAGUUCCUGGGAACUUACGUGCCAUCAACGUGUUCACACUGAUGAACGACCAUUCAGGUGCACUCACUGUGGAACUGGGUUCAGGCGAUCAUCUGACCUCACUGUACACCAACGUAGUCACACUGGGGAGAGGCCAUUCACUUGCCCUGUGUGUGGGAAAGGAUUUACUCAGUCUUCCCAGCUCAGUACACACCAACUUGUUCACACUGAUAAGAGACCUUUUAAGUGUCCUAACUGUGAGAAGAGCUUUAAAAGCAAAAAACAUCUAGUGACUCACCAGCGAGUUCACACUGGCGAGAGACCAUUCACCUGCUCUGUGUGUGGGAAGGGUUUUGGCCGUUCAUCCUACCUGCUGAAGCACCAACUGGUUCACACUGGGGAGAGGCCGUUUACGUGCUCUGAGUGUGGAAAAGGGUUUGCAUGUUCAUCCUACCUGCUGAAACAUCAACGGGUUCACAAUGGAGAGAAGCCUUUUUCCUGCUCUGUGUGUGGGAAGAGAUUCACUUGUUCAUCUAACCUACUGAAACAUCAACGGGUUCACACUGGCGAGAGGCCAUUCACCUGCUCCACAUGUGGGAAAGGAUUCACUGUGUCAUCCAAUCUGUUGAAACACCAGCGUGUUCACAAGUGAAUGCAGACUUUAAUUUGUGCUGAUUUUGCUGCUGUAAAUGAAGUCAAAAUUUGAACAUUGUGACAUUUAGGAUUUGUUUCUGAUAAUGUUAGCAAUCCCAAUACUGGAGUGGAGUUUUAAGAUUAUUUUAAAAUGUGAAUUAGGUCAACAUUGUUUUGAACACAUUGCUGCAAGAUUUUGACUUUCCCACCAGUGUUUAGCAUUAAUUGGCUGGAACUAGAAAUGAAUAAUGUGGGAGAAGGGUCACGUGGAUCGAACAGGAAUUGAGUCUAGACACAUUCCUUCAGGGUCAAGGGUCCUGUGGACUUCACUUGGUAAAUGUUGAAAGGAUAUUUUCCGUUGUGUGAUAGUCAAGUACUAGGUGAAAAUAAGUGAAUCACAUUUGGUCUUCCUUGAUUGUACUGCUCGGAUAGCAAAGUACACAUGCUGCUUAAUCAUGAGGCGUAUUAAGAUUGUGGCAUGAGCCCUCUCUGCCAUUGUUCAGAGCCCCUAAUGACACAUAAGUGGUCUCUAUAGUUGUGGUUAGAAUUUGCAAGAGCGACAAAGAAUCAUGUGCCAUCAGAUCAUGGUUUCAUGUCAAAUUGUGACCUAUUCCUCACUGAAACUGAAAGAAAACUGACCUGUUGGUAAUUGUGCAAAGUUAUAAUGUGUUGGUUAAGAGAUGAGUCUACUAUUUUAAUAUCUAUUGAAAAUAAUUUGUUUGGAGUUUGCAUUAAAAUAACAGAUGUACAAUUUCACAGGAGCCUGUUAGCUACUGGUAUAAUUGUGUAACAGAUAUUUAACUUCCAGGUACAGAAAAAUCUACAGCAUGUUUCUCAGUAGGAUUGUUAUAUUGAUGUGGGCUCUUCUCGA